CCUCGUGACCCUUCCGUGCGCCAGCGCUGCCGCUCUCUACCGCUGUCCUCGCCUGCCUCAGCCCACCAUGCCCUCGUCUCAACACGCCUCGUCGUCGACACAUCCGCUCGGCGCCGGCAUGUGCGUGCACCUCACCUCGCCCGUCGCGUCGCCACGAGCCUACCGUCGCUCCGGCACGCUGAGCUUGCACUCGUCGCCCGCCGUUCGGCCAUCUGCCGCACUCGCACCCGCACCCGUCGACGACGACCCGCUGCUGCGCUCGCUGCAGAACGGCGACAUCUCGCUCGACGCCGUGCUCGCCUUUCCCGUGCACUGGCACCGUCUCGCCGCUUCCCUCUCGGGCCCGUCCAGCGCACCCUCCUCGGCGCGCACCUCCACCUCAGAGUCCUCGCCGCUCUCCUCGGCUCCCGAGGCGCCGCUGCGCUCCACCUCGCUCCCCAUCGUGCCCACCGAACGGCCCACACGCCCCUCGCGCCGCGCCGCUCGCUUCGCCGCUCUCGCACACGCAGCCGGCAGCGAGGCCAGUCUAGACCUCCAAGCCCUACGUCGACCAUCAGCACUCGAGCGAGCCCUCAACUCGGCUCGUCAGUACAUGCCUCCUGCGCCAUCUGCUGCUCCCGGCAUCCGCCGCAGCAGCAGUGCGCCCGAUGCGCUGCUCCUCGCCGCCGCGGCCGGAGUGUCCACCACGCCUCGCGCAGCGGGCUGCGAGUCGGCCGACUGGGACCUCAUCUCUUCCCCGGAGGACGUCAGCACACCCAUGCAGCGAGCUCCUGGCUCGCCGCGCAUCCCGACACUCUCACUCGCGCCCAUGUCGCCGAGCGAGACGAAUGACGAGGCCGCCAUGGCCGCUGCCGUGCCGCGCAGUCCACAGCCGCUGCUGCCCGGCGCGCUCGGCCUCUCCUUCCUCACGCCCGCGCCCGGCGCGCCGCCGCUGCCCAUCGUCUCCGAGUCUGGCGCGGCGGGCGUCUCGAGCAUGUCGGACAGCAGCAACAGCAGCAACAGCAGCAACGUCGAUGACUUCCUCGUGGCUCCCGACGAGCGCAAGCAACCACCGAUCCGCUCCUACGCACCUGCCGCUGCGCUGCCGGUGUACGACUUUGCCGCCGCCGCGGCUGCCGCUACGCUGGCUGUCGAGGCUCGCACGGCUUCCCGGGCGCCAGGAUGGGUCGCAGGCUGGAACGGCUUUGGCGGUGCGCCUCGCACGAGCAACAGCAUUGCCUGAAGCACCACACCCCAAUCUCUUCGCCUCUCUUCACCGCUACGCCUCCUCGGCGGGCCUAUGUAUCACCAUGUCACCCUCUUCCCGCGCUACACGCUGUAUGAUAUCCCGAUUGCCACUUGCUUUCCCGCC